CAGCGGUGAGCAGCACAUGGGAGAUCUCAGUCGCUGGAUGCGCUGGAGGAGACAGUCUUGAGGAGAGCAGGGGUCUCAUCUUUUUUCCCCUCACUGCCAAGUCGUUCCCAUCACCGGUGGGCCUGACCACGCUCUCCUGUGGCCAUGGAGAACUCCUCCCUCCUUGAGACUAAUUCCUUAUGCGUGGAUGGGCCCACGAACUGUGCUGGGCGAGGGAAUGGGGGGCUGAAUAUGUCCACUCCCCCCCUGAGCCCCAGCUUCUACCUCACGGUGCCUGUCAUCUACUCUGUCAUCUGUGCCGUGGGGCUGACAGGCAACACUGCUGUCAUCUAUGUAAUCCUCAAAGCCCCGAAGAUGAAAACGGUCACCAACAUCUUCAUCCUCAACCUGGCCAUUGCUGAUGAGCUCUUUACCUUGGUGCUACCCAUCAACAUUGUUGACUACCUGCUCCUGCAGUGGCCCUUUGGAGAGUUCAUGUGCAAGCUCAUCAUCUCUAUAGACCAGUACAACACCUUCUCCAGCAUCUACUUCCUCACUGUCAUGAGCAUUGACCGCUACCUGGUUGUGGUGGCCACCACCAAGUCCAGGAAGAUGUCCUACCGCACCUACCGAGCAGCCAAGAUCGUGAGCCUCUGCGUCUGGUCCUUCGUCACAGUCAUCAUCCUGCCCUUCACUGUCUUUGCUAAAAUACACAAGGAGCAGGGGCGCUCCCAGUGUGUCUUCGUGUUCCCUCAACCAGAGACGGUGUGGUGGAAAGGCAGUCGGAUCUACACCCUUAUUUUGGGUUUUGCCAUCCCAGUGUCCACCAUCUGCAUCCUCUACACCACUAUGCUGUGCAGACUGAGACGCGUGCACCUCCAUAGCAAUGCAAAAGCCCUGGACAAAGCCAAAAAAAAGGUGACGCUGAUGGUGAUUGUCAUCCUGGCUGUGUGCCUGUUCUGCUGGACACCUUAUCACCUUAGCACAGUGGUGGCCCUCACCACAGACAUCCCACAAACUCCGCUCAUCAUUGGGCUUUCCUACUUCAUCACUAGCUUGAGUUAUGCCAACAGUUGCUUCAACCCUUUCCUGUAUGCCUUUCUGGAUGACAGUUUUCGGAGGAGCUUUCGCAAACUGAUAGAAUGCAGAACCACCUCAUAAAGCCAACCCUCCGUCCCAUCUCGUGUCCCUCUCACAGUCACCUGCUCUUCCUGGGUGACUCCAACACAGAGUGGUUUCUCUCCAGCCUCCUUGCAGCCACUCACAGGGCUUCAGAUUGUCUCGCUACCCAGGGCACAAACUGGGAACAGGUGGAACUUUCUCAGCUUUCCUGCACUCAUUUCCCCAGCACCGCUCUCCAUCCCUUGUCCUGAUUUCUUUCUUAAAUCUUUUCUGUCUAAUGUGCUUUCUGUCCUUUGUUUGUAGCUCACAGAGCCUCAGCAGAUCCCUUUUCCCUUUUUAAAAGGUAUCGCUUUGCAAACUCAAGCCACAUGACUGUCUCUGUUACUGGUAAUUUGUAAAGACCAAUAAAGCUGUGUUAUUGAGUGUCCUGC